AUUUUGCGCGUAUAACUGUGAUAUUGACUUUGGCCAUUGUUCAUGCAAGAGCUCUUGUCAGUACCUUGGCAACUGUUGCCCUGACUACGAGUGGUACUGCCCAGUGUCCAAAACAACCAUGGCAACAGGCUCGACAGAACUGUCCACAACAACCAGUACAACCAUGACAACCAUAACAACAGGCUCGACAGAAUUGUCCACAACAACUAGUACAACCAUGAAAACAGGCUCGACAGAACAUGGCUCCUCCUGCAGGGAUAGCUGUGGCUCAUUUGUUGGCACUUGUGCAUGUUACAGUGCUUGUCAAGAUCUGGGUAACUGUUGCCCUGACUUUACAACCUACUGCUCAUUGACAACUUAUAAACCGGAUCCAACAGAUUGGGUUGAGAUUCACACAUGUGAGUAUUACUGUGGCUUUGACUUUGGUGUCUGCUCUUGCGAAAGCUCCUGUCAGUACUAUGGCACCUGUUGCUUUGACUUUGAGUGGUCUUGCCCAAUGUCCACAUCAACCAGUACAACCAUGACAACAGCCUCGACAGAACAAAUUUAUGUGGAUUACUUUUGCGAGUAUAGCUGUGGCAUUGACUUUGGCCCUUGUUCAUGCAAGAGCUCUUGUCAGUACCUUGGCAACUGUUGCCCUGACUACGAGUGGUACUGCCCAGUGUCCACAACAACCAUGGCAACAAGCUCGACAGAACACUACUGUGGUAAAACAACUGACCUGACAGAUUUUGAGACAACUACAGCUGCAGAUACAACAAUAUCCUCAGAUGGCUCCUCCUGCAGGGAUAGCUGUGGCUCAUUUGUUGGCACUUGUGCAUGUUACAGUGCUUGUCAAGCUCUGGGUAACUGUUGCCCUGACUUUAAAACCUACUGCUCAUUGACAACUUAUAAACCGGAUCCAACAGUUUGGGCUGAUUUUUACUCAUGUGGGUAUAACUGUGGCAUUGACUUUGGUAUCUGCUCUUGCGAAAGCUCCUGUCAGUACCAUGGCAACUGUUGCUUUGACUUUGAGUGGUUUUGCCCAGUGUCCACAACAACCAGUACAACCAUGCCAACAGCCUCGACAGAACAUAUUUAUGUGGAUUACUUUUGCGCGUUUAACUGUGAUAUUGACUUUGGUCCUUGUUCAUGCAAGAGCUCUUGUCAGUACCUUGGCAACUGUUGCCCUGACUACGAGUGGUCUUGCCCAGUGUCCACAACAACCAUGACAACAGGCUCCACAGAACUGUCCACAACAACCAGUACAACCAUGACAACCAUAACAACAGGCUCGACAGAAUUGUCCACAACAACUAGUACAACCAUGAAAACAGGCUCGACAGAACAUAUUUAUGUGGAUUACUUUUGCGAGUUUAGCUGUGAUAUUGACUUUGGCCCUUGUUCAUGCAAGAGCUCUUGUCAGUACCUUGGCAACUGUUGCCCAGACUACGAGUCGUAUUGCCCAUCGCCUACAACAUCAUGGCCACCCAUAACAGAUAAUCACACAGCAUGUGGAGGACACCUGUAUGGUUCUGGGCUGUUUUCCAGUCCCAACUAUCCACACUAUUAUGACGACAAUGCAUACUGUGUGUGGUAUCUUUCUGCCCAGGCAGGACAGAGGAUCUUCUUGUCAUUUGCCGAUGUACAAUUGGAGCGCUGCUGUGACUGUGACUACAUCUCUGUACAUGAUGGUUCUUCCACUGGUCAUCAAGAAUUGGGAAAGAUCUGCUUCAAUGACACCACACACCAGACGUUUCACUCAUCUUCUCGAUACUUGACCGUUGUCUUCAGGAGUAACCACUCUGGUGUCGGCCAUGGCUUUAAGGCCCAGUUCACAAGCUCUCUGACUGCAGAUCAAGGUCAUGUGGACUGUUCUUCAGACAACAUGGUCAUUGUCAUUAGAACAUCGUACCUGAAUUCACUUGGCUUCAAUGGAAAUGACCUUUAUGUGGAUGACCAUCGAUGCAGACCCACCAUUAACAGUACUGAGGUUGUGUUCCGCUUCUCUCUCAACACGUGUGGCACUGGCAAAGAGAUGAUGAAUGGUUAUGUGACUUACACCAACAACUUGCGGGCAUCUCAGUCUCAAACAGGCGAGAUCACCCUUCAGCCACAGUUUCUGUUACACGUGGACUGCAGAACGGAGCCAGACACUGUGGUGCAGAUACUCUACAAGGCCAAAGAAGACAUCAAUGUUAACCUCACAGGAGCGGGUCGCUUUAAUGCCAGCAUUGCCUUUUACACCUCUAGCAGUUUCAACCAACAAAUUUUUUACUUGCCAUACGAGGUGAACCUUAACCAAUACAUGUAUGUUCAGGUUUGGCUAAACAGACCUGAUACGAGCCUUGAUCUCUUCCUGGAGACCUGUGUCGCAUCUCCAGAUCCAAAUGACUUCAAAACUCGCUCCUAUGACCUGCUGCGUAAUGGAUGUCCCAGAGACAGCUCAUAUUAUUCCUACAUCAACGGUCAGCAGUAUUACGCACAGUUCCGUUUCCAGGCUUUUAAGUUCCUUCAGACUCAUGCCAAUGUGUACCUGCAGUGUAAGGUGAUCAUUUGCCCAGAUAAUGAUUACAACUCUCGGUGUCGUCAGGGGUGCCGUUUACGUCGCAAGAGGUCCCUUGAAUCCAACCACCACACCAAUACUGUGAUACUGGGGCCAAUCACACUCAAAGGAGAAAAGCCUGGUGUGAAGAAGUCUGAGAAGAGAAAGAAAUAAAGAGAUCAUCUUCAUUGCCUGAAAACAGUGAUAAUUAUCAAAAAUCUCUGUUAACCACUUCUCAAUCCAAAUCAAUAAAGCAUUCCUAAACAGC